CCAAUCAGCGCACGGAGUCUGAUAAGGCCUGGGUUUUCGAAGACAGGGGCGUUAACACUUUAAAGGGCGACUCAGCAAAAAAAACCUUUGCUCGUCUCAGGCAUCAGAUCUUGCAGUUCACUUCUUGUGGUAGAGAUAGCUUUCGACGCUAAUCGGCCGAAUACGCAUUAAAAUUUCCAAGCAGGAAAGUGAAAGCCGUUUAGAAAAGUCAAAGACUGAGUUGUUAUUCGGAAAUAACCCGUCUCACGAAACUGCAAGAAACUAAAAAAUGUUAUCUAAGAAGAUGCGACUUUCGUCAGUCGGUGUAGAUCGAUCCUUAGUACGUGGGGCUUCAUCUAGGGUACCGAAGGAACGCAAGCGGUUUACACCAUGGCUAGAAGAACAGAUCGAAGAGGGAGACAUUGACGGCUUGGAAUGGAUCGAGAAAGACAAAGGUAUUUUCAAAGUCCCUUGGGUUCGCGUCGAUAAACCAGAGUUCGUCCUUGAAACUCAUGCAGAGCUUUUCAAACGCUGGGCUGAGCACACUGGGAAAUAUCGUAAAGGGGACCAGCCUGAUCCGUCCACAUGGAAGACCAGAUUUCGCUGCGCGCUGCGAAAAAUGAACGAAAUCGUCGAGAUCAGAGAACUGGGGAGUCUAGAGGGAAGCAAGCCGUACAGAGCCUUCAAGUUUGAGCCGAAACUGAAAGACCGCAGCAGUGCUUUCAAGCGUUCGCCUGGGAAAAGGAGCAGCAGACCUCCCUCUCUAGAGUCACUGGAGUCUAAUAUUCCCUCUCCGAUGGAACCGGUAAAGGGAACUCGAGAUCACUUGCCAUUAGGAAGAAUGCUGAAUCAUCUACAGAUUUGUGAGGAGUACCCUCAGAGACGAAGCUUCGAUUAUAGGAAUCCAGAUGGAAGCAUUAUUGGUGACUUCGUCGCACCCGUUGUUAUGCCCGAGGAAUUCAGUGGACCAGCGUAUGGCGGGGUAAGGUUUUACACGUUAAACUCGCUCAUUAACAACCACAUUCUUUGCACCCCGCAAAUGGCUAAGGUUCACAGCCUGUUAAAAGUUUACUGCAAACAAAACCUUCGCACUCAGUCUACCCGAUACCUGAAUAGAACUUUUCAUAACUUUGGCCGCCUUUUUUUUUUUCUCACCCCGCUGUUUACGAUCGCGCUUUACUAA